AUGGGCAAAAUCAAGAAGAAGGGCCAGGCCGGAGCGGCCAAGAACUAUGUCACGAGAAACCAGGCCAUCCGCAAGCUGCAGAUCAGCCUGCCCGACUUCCGCAAGCUCUGCAUCUGGAAGGGAAUCUACCCUCGCGAGCCGCGCAGCAAGAAGAAGGUCUCCAAGUCCUCGACCGCCUCGACGACCUUUUACUACGCCAAGGACAUUCAGUACCUCCUGCACGAGCCGCUCCUGCAAAAGUUCCGCGACCAAAAGGCCCUCGAGAAGAAGAUCUCGCGCGCCCUCGGCCGUGGAGACGUCGGCGAUGCGAAGCGCUUGGAGAAGAACGCCUCCCGCUCCGAGGAGACUGGCAAGCCGCGACACACCCUCGACCACGUCAUCAGAGAGCGAUACCCUACCUUUGUCGACGCCGUCAGAGACCUUGACGACUGCCUCUCCAUGCUGUUCCUGUUCGCCAACCUGCCCUCGACCUCGUCCGUCCCCGCCAAGAUGAUUGCGCGCUGCGAGCGCCUCUGCCUCGAGUUCCAGCACUACCUGAUCGUGUCGCAGAGCGUCACAAAGUCGUUCCUCUCCAUCAAGGGCAUCUACUACCAGGCCAACAUCCAUGGCGAGGACGUUUUGUGGCUGGUACCCUACAAGUUCAACCAGAGGAUCGUCGGCGACGUCGACUUCCGCAUCAUGGGUACUUUCGUCGAGUUCUACAUGACCCUGCUGGGCUUCAUCAACUUCCGCCUGUACACCGGCCUCGGCCUCAAGUACCCGCCCAAGUUUGACCAGGACAAGGAUAACCAAUCCGCCGAGCUCGCCGCCUUCACCCUCGAGGGCCAGAACCUCGCCGCACCCGAGGAGAGGAAGCAGAUCACCAACGGCGAGACCCAGCACAAGGUCGACCCCAAGACGCAGGCCGCCGUCGACAAGGUUCUCAAGAAGCUCAAGAGAUCCGGCGCCGACGAGGAGGAGGCCGCGACGGAGGAGCAGACCGAAUCCACCGAGGAACCCACCAACGCCAUUGACAAGUUCGAGCCUGUCGCGCCCGGCGGCGACGUCCUCCCCCAGCCUGAGCACUCCAGCUCUGACAGGGCCAAGCUGUUCAGCAACUGCACAUUCUUCCUUUCCCGUGAGACUCCCAGACAACCUCUCGAGUUCCUCUUGCGUGCGUUUGGCUGCAAGCGCAUCGGCUGGGAUGCCGUUCUCGGCGAGGGUGCCUUCACCACCGACGAGCGCGACCCCUCCAUCACUCACCAGAUCGUCGACCGUCCCCCGGUGUACGCCGCGAACAAUGAAGGAGGCGAUGGCGAGGACAACCAGACAUCCCAGAAGCUGGCGCCCAACCAGCGCAUCCCCGGUCGGAUAUACGUCCAGCCCCAGUGGGUCUGGGACAGCGUCAACGAUGAGGAGCUGAAGCAGCCGGACCAGUACGUCCCCGGCGCGCAGCUCCCCCCCCAUCUCAGCCCCUUCGUCAGGCAGGUCCAGGGUGCCUACGACCCGACUGUGCCUCUCGAGGAGCAGGAGACCGAGGGCGAGGCCCUUGCCGAGAGCGACGACGAGAUGGACGUCGACGAGGCGGAUGCCGGCGACAUGGACGUCGCUGGUUCCGAAGACGACGAGGAUGACGAGGAGAACGAGGGUUCCGACUUUGACGGUGCCUCCGAUGACGAGGCAGAGGCCGAGUCCGAAGACGACGACGAGGCACAGCGCCAGCGCGAGCUCGAGGCCGAGCUUACGGGCGGCGCCGUCAAGGCGAAGGAGACCAAGCCCAAGACCAAGAAGGAGGCUGCGCGCAAGGCGCAUGCCAAGAAGAUGGCCGAGGAGGCCGAGGAUAUCGAGCGGGCCAAGGGCAUGCUCAGCAAGAAGAAGAGAAAGCUGUUUGAGCAGAUGCAGUACACAAAUAACAAGAAGAGCGCCGAGGACGAGAAGCUGCGGGCCAAGAGGAGACGGCUGGAGAAGCAGCUCAACAAGAAGGCCAAGGCGUAA